AUGGUGGUCCAGCCCCUCCUACCCGGUGAACCCCGUGUGCAGCAGGGAGAGCCCCCCCGGCAGUCGCUCCCACUGCAGGGGCACCGGCAGCCGCCGCAGGAGCUGCGGGAAGCCCACGAACGCUACGUGGCCGAGAUCCGGAGUGGGGCUGUGGGGGCCGUGCUGAGCCCCCCGGCCCCUCACCGUCCCGCAGGGCUCUGCCGGCGGCUGGCGGCACUGGGGGCUGGGGCAGCUCUGGGCCCCCAGCCCGAGCACGGGGAGCCGCAGCAGAGCCGGGCCCCGCGGGACCAGGCCGGACAGGUCCGAACAGCACAGCAGAGGGCCACCCUCCGCCUCGACACCCUCCUGCCGCCCGCAGGGCCGCUCGCGGCCGAGGCCAGGGCGCUGCGACUGUCCUACCUGCGCUCCGGGGGACACGACCCGGCCGUCCUGGACCAGCUCCUCCAUCUCCAGCUGGAGGCCACGGUACUGGAGAAAAGAACCGCAGGGCUGGGCAGGGGCAGGCGGUUGGAGCCCCCCGGCAGUGGCACACACGCUCUGGAUGCGGCACUGCUAGCCGUGGAGCUGGAGAACCGGCGUCUGGAAGAUGAACUGUUGGCACUGAAAGUCAGGAGGGAGAGGAGAGCAGACGCUGGCUCGCGGGCAGCCCAGCGGCACACGGAGGAACUGGCCCAGCUCCAGGCAGAGGUGGGAAUGCUGCGAUGCCACGCAGAGCAGACGAGGCCAUGGCUGCACCCCCCCAUCCUCCCACCCACCAUAGCCCCUCCACUGCCGCCAGCCCUGGCUGUGCCAGAACUUUUUAUGGAGCCCCCUGGGCCUGCGCUGGGGCCUGGCAGCCCCACAGCCCAUGUGUCCCCUGGACUCCCCCUCACCCCCUUUAUGGCCCUGGAGGACCCUCCUCCUGCUCAGGAGCCCCCAGAACAAGACAGGGUUCCCCAAAGGUGAGCCAGGAAUGGGCCAUGGCCCCACUGGACUGCCCUGGCACCCCCUCACCACCCUGGAGUGGCAAAUUGGGGCUUUAGUAACUGUUAGGGUGAUGAAGGGAUGGCAAAACCUGUGUUCAAGCUGCAGAGAUGGGUUUUGGGACCAGGAUCCUACAGUGGUGGGGUGGGGGGAAAGUGUAUGGGAACACUGCUGGGACCAAAGAGGCUCUGGGCAUUUCAGCAGGAAAAGGACAGGCAGCAUCAGGCAAACGCCCAAGCCAGCAGCCACAUGAGUUACACAGCUCAGCCUCCACCUCAGGGCUGAACCCACAGCCAGAUGAGGGUUUCACUCUGCUCCCAAUGGUGGUUUAGGGACAGGAAGAGGGCACAGAGGGGCACAAAUUCCUUUCCCUCAGGUACAGCCCCAGCUGCAGCCCUCUGUAGGGAAAGCCUAAUCCAGGGCAUGCACAGCUCAGCCCUGGGAACCAGCAAAAGCCACAGCCAGCCUUCCAAAGCAUCACAGGCCGUGGGUUAUGUUUAAUAAAUGGCUUCAGCUCAUU